ACGUCAGAUGGGAAGGGUUUGAUUUCGUAUAACAAGGAUGCAUGUGAUCCUUAGGAGUUGACAAUACAAUCAUCUUGAGAAACAUCUGUUAAUGUGUCAUCCGGUUUCUAAAGAGGGUGAAGAACAUUUUUUUAUUUUCAUUUGGUAGUCAUGGCCAUCCUAGAUCAUCAGAACUUCAGUUCUUAAAAGUUCAUGCUGUUGUACAUGAUUUAAGAUACUAAUAAAAUUACUUAUAAUUUGAUUAAAGAUUGUAAAAAAUUAAAAAAGCAUAUAACACAAAUAUAAAUGUAAAUAUGGCUUUUGUAUCUUUAAUUUUGUGUUUAGUUGAAUGGUAAAAAAAACAAAAAAUUGUGUUGUUGGACUAAUCGUAAGUGCAAGUGUGGACUGUAGAUGAAAUUAAUUGUUAAUGCGUGUAUAAUUUAGUACCAUUGUUCUUCAAACACUGUAAGUCAUCACAGCUACAGAGACUGUUUAGCAAGAAGUUUAAUAUUGUUUCUGUGCAUUUGAACCAAUGAAUAAUUUAUCAGAAAAUCCAGAAAGUAGUGUUUAAUGGUCAGUACCAUUGUUUAUUGUUAUUCAGCUAUAUUUAUGAUGCUGACAUCAUCAUACUGGCCAGUACCUCUAAACUAUUUCAAGAUACAGUCAAGUUGACUUUCUCUAUAGCCUAUGACUGGUUAAACAAAAAGAGUUCUUCCUCUAUAAACCUUGGAGUCCAGGCAAGUAGAAGAGGGGGCAAGAGCCUGCUGUGCCCCUGAAUUGCUGCAAAGAAGGAGGCGGGCAGAGGAAGGUGCAAGAGGCUGUUGCGCUCCUGGAAUGCUGCGAAGAAUGGGGGCAGCCAUAAGCAGCUUCUUCCAGACAGGAGGCCACCUUCUUUCUUCUGGAACCUCUGAAGCAACUCGACAAGUCCUUCUAGAAAUUCUGGAGGAGCUUCGAGAAAUUCAUCCAUCUGAUAUUGAUUGGUUUGGAAUCGAAGCUCGUUUGUCACAAAUACCAAAGGGAGAAAACAUUUUAUCAGUCACAGGGCCAGAUGGGUUCAACCUACUUCAGCGAGCUGUUGGCCUACACCGUGUGGAGCUGGUUAAAUGGAUAUUAAACAGAGGAUGUGAUGUGAACCGUGGAGUUUGCAGUUUUCCCUUGCAUAUAGCAGCACUUCAUGGUUCUGUAGAAAUUGUAGAGCUGCUUCUGAAACAUGGAGCAAGGAUAGACCUUGAAGCUCGCAUGUGUUUUCCUGGCCCCCAUAAUGUGAACUGUGAACUUCGAAAUGUACUUUUGCAUGGUUCUGUGUUUGCUGACCGUUCAUCAGAUAGGCUACAGUCAGCUGAAUAUUUUGCCAUAGAUGGUGACCAUUAUGCUGUAUUAGACAUGCUUGCAUCUCAAGGAGAGGAUACAUGGUUACCAUGGCAACAAAAACGACCCUUGUUGCAUCUGUCUUGUGAAAGGGGUGCAUAUAUGUGUGCUACUAAUCUAGUGAAUGAUCGUCAUGAGGAGAUCAAUCAGUGCUAUGAUGAGUAUUAUCCUAUCCAUCAAGCUGCUUUGCAAGACUUGUCUUUUUUGUGCCUGCUUCUUGACAAUGGAGCAGAUGUCACUGUUAGAACUUCUACUCAGCAGAUGACAGUGCUACAUGUUCUUUUGUUAUUGGGCAAGAAAUCUGCAGAGGAAACCUUAGCUACCAUUAAAGUUCUAUUGGAUAGAGGUUGUAGGGAGCUGAUAAAUGAGCCUGAUAGUCUAGGAAAUACACCCUUACAUGCACUUAUUGUGAGGUAUGCUUUAGAAGAAUCUAGAUAUGGUUAUGAUCAUGAACCUCAACCUUGGAAUAAGUGGGAUAUGCUUCACAUGGUAAGGUUUCUCAUCCAAAAUGGAUGUAGUCCGAGCAUUAAUCACCAGGGAAACAGUGCUCUUGCAUGUGUUCUUCGACAUGUUCGAGACUGGGAGUUUAGAUAUGAACUCCUGGAUAUGUUGCUUCAGCAUGGGGGAAAUCCCAACUGCGUGGGAAGGGAUGGAUCUGCACCUCUUAUGGUGUGCCUUGUGCCAUUAAUUAACAAAGAUCCUCUUCAUUGUCUUACUCAUACUAAAAAAGUAUUCUAUCUGAACUCGGUGCGUCUCCUAUGUAAGUAUGGUGCUAACCCUAACUGCACUUCUCGUAGUAACUUGACUCCUCUUCAUGUCCUAGUCUUCACUGCCAGUGAGUAUAUUACUUUGAAUCGAGAAGAGGAUAAAGCCAAUGCUUUUGCCUUCAUUCGUCAGCUGUUAGUAGUUCUCUUGCAACAUGGGCUAGAUCCUAAUGUGCGGUUUUCGCAAAGAACUCAACACAUUCUUCUAGCCCUAAUGGACAUGGUCCAGAAUGCUCGCAUGCCCGUGGACCUGAAUUAUGUUUAUGAUCUGACAUUGACACUAUUACAGUAUGGAGCAAAUCCAAAUAUAAGUAUUUCCAGCACUGAGCCAAUGAUAUGUCACUCUCAAAGUUCUGUCUUCCUGAAAAAAUCAUCCAAUCAGGUAUUGUACUACUACAUCCAGCUGAUAAUUCGUAAGGAAGAACUCCUUGCAGAUGUUGAACAGAGGUUUUCCAGACUAUUAUGGCUUUACUACUACAGUAUGAAUCAUAGAGAGCUCUACAGUUGUCUGAAGAUCCUCCACACCCAGACUGCCCUUGUACCAAUGAGGCGGUUGGUUGCUUCCCAGGUGCGACAACUUUACACCCAGCCCCGGACUCUAAAACAGAUCUCCCGAUUAAGCAUCUACAGUGCUCUUUGCUGUAAAGUGGCACCAAAUCUUAGUAAACUUCCACUCCCUGGACCUCUGAAAGAAUAUUUGCUAGAAUGGACGCAUUAGUUGUCAAUGGACAUUCUUUUCUUGUUCAUUUGAGUGGUUUAAAAUUAUGAGCAGUUGAGUGGAGUUAUUUUUAACUGUAACCUCCUAGGUGUGAUAAUUAUUAAUAUUAACCACCUGCGCAUUAUAAUUGUGAAUUGUAAACUCCUGGGUGUGAUUAUUAUUGAUUGUAACCACCUAGGUGUGAUAAUUAUUGACUAUUUACCACUUAGGUGUGAUUAUUAUUGACUAAUAAUUUGAGUGGAGUUAUCUUUGGUUGUAGUGACCUAUGUACAAUAAUUGUUAACUGCAACCAUUUGAAUGUGGGAUAUAUUUGAUUUUGAGUACGUGCAUGGGAUUAAUGACACCUUUUUCUGAGGUUAUUAUUUGAGUGAGAAUAUUAAAUGUAACCACCUAAAUAUGCUUAUCAUUAUGAUUGCCAUUAAGAGAGGUUAUCUUUGAUUGUAACUCUGGGGGUAGUUAUUUGUUGAUUCUGACCUGGUUCAACUGAAUAAUGAGUGAGGGAGUUGUAAAAGAAUUCUGGUGUGAUGGUCCUAGAAAAGUACCAUGACUAAAAUGUACUUUUUAUCAUAGGGAGUUGUAAAAGAAUUCUGGUGUGAUGGUCCUAGAAAAGUACCAUGACUAAAAUGUACUUUUUAUCAGAGGGAGUUGUAAAAGAAUUCUGGUGUGAUGGUCCUAGAAAAGUACCAUAACAAAAAUGUACUUUUUAUCAUAGGGAGUUGUAAAAGAAUUCUGGUGUGAUGGUCCUAGAAAAGUACCAUGACUAAAAUGUACUUUUUAUCAUAGGGAGUUGUAAAAGAAUUCUGGUGUGAUGGUCCUAGAAAAGUACCAUGACUAAAAUGUACUUUUUAUCUUUCUAUUGAGAAUUAAGUGAACUUCUUGUAUGCAGAGAUUCUGGUCUAGAAGCUAUUAUUACAUAUGUGUGUUUACACACAACGUAAAAGGAAAAAUUCAUUCCGUUCAUUGAAGUAUAUUGCCUGCUUGAACUAUGUAGUUAUUAAUUUUGAUUGCCUUUUUGUAAUCAGCUAAGUGGUGUUAGGUCUCUAAGUAGCUACAAUUUUGCUUUCAUACGUACUUAUGAUCCAUGUUUGAGUUUUCAUGAAAGUGCAUGAGCAGAUGUUUCUUCAAACCCGUGCUGUCACUGGCCCAAAUAUGCCAUAUUUAGUUAUGGUCUUAUCAAAGUCUUAAAAUGUAUUCAAUACAGCUGAUUUACUGCAGUAUUUGUGAGAUCUGAUAUUAAAAACUUGAUUAAUUAA